GCCCUGGCCAGGCGCUCGUACCUCCGCACCCAGGCAGCAGUGGUCACCAUCCAGGCCUUUGCCCGCGGCAUGUUCGCCAGGCGCCUGCACCGCCAGAUGGUGGCAAGCCAGAAAGCUGUGGUGAUCCAGAGCGCGGUGAGGGGCUGGCUGGCUCGCACCAAGUACCUUCGGGUGCGCAGGGCGGUGGUCUAUCUGCAGUGCUGCUACCGGCGCAUGCGGGCUCGCAGGGAGCUGAGGCGGCUCCGGAUCGAGGCCAAGUCGGUGGAGCACUACAAACAGCUCAACAAAGGCAUGGAGAUCAAAGUGAUGCAGCUGCAGUGCAAAGUGGAUGAGCAGGCCAGGGAGAUCUGGAGUCUCUCGGAGCAGCUGUCGGCACUGAGAGCCUCCCACAGCGAGGAGGUGGAGCGGCUGUGCAGUGAGCUGCGGGAGGACAAGGCGCAGGAGACGUGCAUCCGGGAGCUGCAGGAGCAGCUGCAGCGCGUGGAGUCGGAGAAGAGCUGCUCGGAAGGCCGGCUGGGCCAGGAGAUGGAGGAGCUGAAACAGCGCCUGACUGAGCUGGAAGCCAUGAAAUCCAAUCUGAAGGAAGAGAAGGACGCUCUCAACCAGCGGAUCAUGGAGCAGUCGCAGGAGCUGGAAGACCAGCUGCGCCGGCACGCGGCGGAGAGCCAGGAGCUGCUGUGCCAGCUGGAGGGGGAGAGGGCUCGCUACCAGAACCUGGUGAAGGAGUGCGCCCGCCUGGAGCAGUGCUGCGAGAACCUGCAGGAUGAGGUGGCCUUCCACAAGCAAACCCCCAGCCUCCAGAGGUCCCCUUCAUCCAACAGCAUCCUGGACUCCGAAUGCAGCUACCUAUCGUCUCUGUCGACAGCCCCGUCCCGGGAUGAUGCCGACCCGCAGAGCGAGCAGAACAUUGCAGAGAUCCUGGGGUUGAACAGGAGCCCGGAGAAGAUGGUGGAGGAAGACUCCAUGAUAGAGGAAGACUUGAAAUAUGCGUAUGAUGCUGUCCGGGUCUCCAAUAAGCUACUCAAGAGCCAGCUGCAGGAGCAGCAGCAGGAGCUGGAAGGUCUCCGCCUGGACAACUGCUCCCUGAAGCAGCUGAGCAAGCAGCAGCAGAGCCUGAUCCAGGACCUGCAACUGCAGCAGGAGGAGGGCGGGCUCCAGCACCAGAUCGUCCAGCUGAAGAGAGAGAACCUGGAUCUGAAGGGUCAGCUGGAGAGGCAGGAGAAGAACAUGCUCAAGCUUCAGAAGCAGCUGAAAACCUCCAUGAAGCAAAUCCAGGAUCUCACAGCAAGCGGGAAGGCCCGGUUGCUGGAGCUGAAGGUGGAAGAGAUGGAAAGGCCCUUCGAUGUCCCGUGCCCAGCGGGGGCAUUCGGGGGCAUGCUGGGGUGCAAAGCAGAGGAUGAAGGGCGCCUCAUCAGGACCAUCAUCACAGAUUUCAAACCGCAGCACAGCCCCGGCGCCCUCCCCACGCUGCCGGCCUACGUCCUGUUCAUGUGCUUCCGGUACGCGGACUCCGGCCACGACGAGCACGGGAUCCGCUCGCUCUUCGCCGCCGUCGUCAGCGGCAUCAAGCAGGUGGUGAAGAAGCACAGCGAGGACUUCGGCGUGGUGGCGCUCUGGCUCGCCAACACCUGCUGCCUCACCAACUGCCUGAGACAGUACGGCGGGGACCAGAAGUACCGGCUGGCCAACACCCCCAAGCGGAACCAGCACUGCUUAAGGAACUUCGACCUGGCCAGCCACUGCCAGAGCCUGGGUGACCUGGCCAUCCAGAUCUACCAGCAUCUGAUCUGCGUGGCACAGAAAAAACUGAAGCCCAUGAUUGUCGCCGCCAUGCUGGAGAGCGAGACCAUCCAGGGCCUGUCGUCGCCCAGAUCCCCCAGUUACCGCAAGCAGCCGGCGGCUCCCGCCUACACGCUGGACUCGCUCCUCCAGCAGCUCAGCUCCUUCCAUGAGGCGCUGGGGAGGCACCAGCUGGAGCCCAUGGUCAUGGGCCAGGCCUUCCCGCAGCUCCUCUUCACUGUCAGCAGCGUGGCCCUCAACUACCUGCUCCUGAGGAGGGACACCUGUUUCUGGAGCCAGGGCCUCCUGCUCAGGUACAACGUGUGCCAGCUGGAGGAGUGGCUGCGGGCCAAGGGCCUCCAGCAGAGCGGCGCCAGGGAGGUCCUGCAGCCCCUCAUCCAGGCCACCAAGCUGCUGCAGGUGAAGAAGACGAUGCAGGAAGAUGCUGAGGCCAUCUGCUGCCUGUGCACGGCGCUGACCACUCCACAGAUCGUGAAGAUCCUGCGGGCCUACACGCCCGCCGCCGGGCUGGAGGAGCACGUCAGCCCCAGCUUCAUAAGCAGCGUAGAGAACCGGCUGGCAGAGCGAACUCCAGCUGGCCCCUGCCAGUUGCUGGUGGACACGGCUCACCUGUUCCCCGUGCACCUGCCCUUCUGCUCUCCCGUGCAGCUGGAUGAGCUCCGCAUCCCUGACAGCAUUAACCUGACGUUCCUGACCCGGGUCUGA